GUCCCACGCAGCCAGCGGCAGCGCACCGUGGGACCUGAGGAAUUCAGCAGGUACCUUCAGACUCCCGUGAGCCCCCCCUGUCCUUCAGCCUGGAUGUACACAGUCCUCAUGUGUGAUAGAUGGAAGUCACUGCGCCGGAGAACUGUCGCUCUGCAAUAAACUCUCCCUCUGGGUUUGGCGUCUGGAGAAUUGCACCUGGGAGAUAUUCUGAUCAGUUUGGCGGAAUUUAGAGCAAGACAUAUUCUUUAUUCUGCAGCAUAUUUUCGCCAUCAUGAAGAGUCCCCUUCCAUUCCUGUGCUGGGUUCGAGCGGCGAGCUUGUUCUUGUGCUUGACGCAGACCGUUCUAGCGAAGGUUCUCACUAACUCCACACGUCUCGAGUCGAUCCUGGAGAAGUACAGGGACAAGGAUGAGGAGUGGUGGAGGGUAAGGCCGAGAGGGAAGAGGGCCAUCAGCGAGGGAGACAUGCACCUCAUUCUGGACCUGCACAACAAGCUGCGCGGUCAGGUCCACCCUCCUGCCUCCAACAUGGAGUACAUGGUAUGGGAUUAUGAGUUAGAGAGGAGCGCAGAGCACUGGGCACAUAGCUGCCGCUGGGAGCAUGGACCGAGCCACAUGUUGACUCAAAUAGGCCAAAACCUUGGAGCACACUGGGGCAGGGACCGCCCCCCUACCUUCCAUGUCCAGGCCUGGUAUGAUGAGGUGAGACACUACAGCUAUCCCUAUUCUCAGGAGUGUAACCCACACUGCCCAUUCAGAUGUUCAGGACCUGUCUGCACUCACUACACUCAGUUGGUGUGGGCAACUAGUAAUCGCAUUGGCUGUGCCAUCAAUGUGUGUUACAACAUGAACGUGUGGGGAAUGAUCUGGGCUAAAGCUGUGUAUCUGGUCUGCAACUACUCUCCCCCGGGUAACUGGUGGGGUCACGCUCCAUAUAAAUAUGGAACUCCCUGCUCUGCCUGUCCUGCCAGCUAUGGUGGAGGCUGCAGGGACAACCUCUGCUACAAAGAAGGAGGUGUGGACAGGCGACCGCCUCCUGAGAUCGAGGAGACCAACUACAUUGAACCUGAACCCGAACCAGUGAGGGACAGAGAGCCGCAGCCCAGAGCCCAGUCGCCUGACCCCACACCCACUGAUAACCCAGAGAGAAACCAGGUUGUCAGCACAGAGCAGAUGUCCCAACAGGUUGAGUGUGAGACCAAGCUGAGAGAUCAGUGCAAGGGAACAACCUGUAACAGAUACGAGUGUCCACCUGGCUGCUUUCACGGGCCUGGAAAAGUAGUUGGGACUGGAUAUUACGACAUGCAGUCCAGUGUGUGCGGAGCUGCGUUGCACUCCGGUGUCAUUGAUGAUGAUGGAGGAUGGCUGGAUGUGACCAGACUGGGCAGAAAACAACAAUUCACCAAAUCAUACAAGAAUGGCAUUCAAUCAAUUGGGAAAAACAGAAGUGCAAAUUCCUUCAAAGUGGAGACAGUGCCUGUCAAGGCAGUAACCUGUGACACCACUGUGGCUCUGUUCUGUCCUUUCAAGAAACCUGUACGACACUGUCCCAGGUUGUAUUGUCCCAGGAACUGUUUGGGUGACAACAGAGGCCGAGUCGUUGGGACAAAUUAUUACUCAGAUAAAUCAAGUAUCUGCAGAGCAGCCAUUCAUGCUGGAGUGAUCCAGAACGAGUCUGGAGGUUAUCUUGACGUGAUGCCAGUGGACAAAAGGAAGCAGUACAGUGGCAGCUACACGAAUGGCAUCACUUCAGAGAGCCUCGUGAACCCAACAGGAGGAAAAGCCUUCAGAGUGUUUGCAGUCAUCUGAGAAACCGCUCUCACAGGGCAGAGCCCCGUCCAACAUGGCCACUUCACACGCAGCGAACCCACACAUUACUGUCGUACAAGCAGUAAUUAUAUUCAGUGCUACAGUCAAUAAGUCAGCGUUUCAUCCUCGGACACUAAAAGUGUAACAUGACGUUUAUCAAGGCUUCCCUCAUAAGUUUGGUCAUGAUUCCAAACAUAGCUUAGCAAAGAAUUCUUGGUGGGUGAUGAUCUCAGAUGACUUUCAUCUUACGCCUUCUUAGAGCCGGCCAUAAUGAUCACAUCGGGUUCCCGUUCAUCAUUGCUGACAUGAUAUCAUAACAUCAUGUUUUAUAACACUUACUGCACUCCACCAGAUUUAGCAUCACUCCAGCUGCCUAGAAAUCAUUUUAUAUAGUGGAGGUUUCUGAGCAGGGCCGAACCAGAUGUUGAGCAAAAUUACAGAUAAAUUGAUCAAAUCUGAUGAACAAAUAAAGGUCAGAAAUAAAUAGAUGAAUAAUAAUAAUAAUAGUAAUAAUAAUUUUAGAUAAUUACUGUAUGUUUUACUACCAACUCAGCAAUUCUUUUGACCCCCUAUGCAAGCAUGAUAUUUUUUCUCCCAUCCAUGGUGUUGAUCACUUUACUUUAAUAAGAUUGUUUUCUAUCUCUAUCUCCUGUAUGGAAAAUAAUACAUUUUUCAUUGAGUACACAAACGUAGGUAUCAACCUCCAUGUAUGUAUUAUCUAUUUACAAAUCAAUUCACAUCCUCUGUUGGGGUGUUUUUUUAUUUAGAUUGUGCAUAGAAUUAUUUAUGCCAUGCUUUCGUGUAAUUAUUUACUAUUUGAUUUUAAGUUUUCAAUUCCCACUAUUCCUGCAUUCGGUGUCCCUAUCAACUUCUGCAGGAAUGAGUCCUGAAGCCUGGAAAUAAAUUUGUCUUUUUUGCAGGGUUGCAACAGUUUCCUCAACAGCAACAUUUUGUUGUUUUUUGUUUGGAUCCCUAAAAUAAGUUCUAUGGGUAACAUAAGCUCAAGACAAUUUUAUAUUUUCACACUUUACAUAUUUUUCAAGCUUUUACGCGUCUUAUAGUCAUUAACAGUGGCUUCUUCUCCCCAUUUUUAGCAAUGUAGUGUUUGCAUCAAACUAUCAGUAAUAUUCUAGAACGAAAGGCUUUUGUAGAAAAGCUACUCACCAAUUGAGUUCACUUGUGACGAUUAUCUUGCUGAACAAAACAUUUGUUAAUUUUCUGCAUUGAUCCAAAAGAAAAGAAAUAUCCCAGUGGCUUUUUGUGGAGGGAAACUUACUUUGGACUAUAAAAAAUAUAUCAUCACUGCAGCACUUUUCCUUUUGGUGGUAAGAUACAGUAUAGCAACAGCAGGCAGUGAAAUACAGAUUGUAUAUUUCUGUACAUAAUAAUGUUGUAAAUAUUGCUGGACACUAUAUGAAAUGCUUUGCUACUGUUGCCUUUUUCAUAUAAGUUUCUAACACAUUACCAGCCGUACAAAUCAAACACGCAAAAAUAUAGCUUCUGCAUGAUCUGCAUGAUGUAUUCAUCACUCAAGCUUUGUAUUUUAUAAAAGGCAAUUUCCACUGUAAUUCCAUUUUAUUCACGUCCUUGUAAAUAUUGUGUAUGUAACAUUUCCCAGC